AUGCGAUUGGGGGAUGAAGGAGAGGCUGGGGUAGAGGUGAAGUUAGUUGAUGUUGAUGAAAGCAGCACAACCAAAGAGGAUUUAACUCUUGAUGAUAUCCGUGAGCCUCCAAACUCCCAAAAGAGCAGCAUUGUACCUGGCAGCAAUCUGUGGACGUCCCCAGUUUCCUACGUCUUGGAUAAUGGCCUGGACUUGAAGGCCAAAGGAGUCAUCAUGAGAGCCUUUGACCAGUUCAGAGUGAAGUCAUGCAUUGAUUUUAAACCCCGUGAUUCUGAGGACUAUUACCUAAAGAUCCAAAAGUUAGAUGGGUGUUGGUCAUAUAUUGGUAGAGUAUAUGCCAAUGGACAGGACCUCUCUAUUGGUGCAGGCUGUGAAUACAUUGCCAUUGUUGAGCAUGAGAUUCUUCAUGCUCUUGGCUUCUACCAUGAACAGUCUAGAUAUGACAGAGAUGAUUAUGUGAAAAUUGUCUCUGCUAACAUACUACCAGAUAAAGAGCACAAUUUCAGAAAGGUUGCCAGUGAUGAGAGCACCGUCCAUGGCACCCCAUAUGACUACAUCUCAGUGAUGCAUUAUGGAAAGGAUGCAUUCACCAAUGGCGAUGGCUCAACAAUUAUUACCAUAGACCCUAAAUUCCAAAAUGUGAUCGGUCAAAGGCUUGAGAUGAGUCCUACUGAUGCUAAAGAGCUGAACCUCCUCUACAGCUGCAGUGAAACGGUGGCUUUUAAGUUUUUCUGUGGUUUUUCUGAUGGAGCAAUGUGCAAAAUGAACCGCUGUACAACAAAUGGAAAUAGCUGGGAAGUGGUUACAGACGUUCAUGGGGGUCCAAGCUCUGACCACACCAGUCUACCUAAUGGAAGUGGAAAUAAUGGUCAACAAAAGGGGUACUUCAUCCAUGCAAGCACAGCACCAGGUCAGGAGGGAGAUUCAGCCAAACUGGAAACUGAGGUAGUGAAGUUGAACAGGGGAUGUAAUGUCCAGUGUCUACAGUUCUACUAUUUCCACAGUGGAAAUAAGUCAGAUGAACUUAAUAUCUGGAUAAGAGAGUUUGAAGAUGAACAGGACACCACAGGAACUCCUCGUCUCAUGGGGCAGAUUACUGGUCCACCAACAUCUCACUGGAAGCUCCACCAUGUUUCCUUGAAUGCCACCAAGCCCUUCCAGGUUGUUUUUGAAGCUCGCAAAGGAGCAGGAAGCUCUACAGGAGGAUUCUCUGUCGAUGACAUCAAUCUCUCAGAGACAGAGUGUCCACAUGUUUUCAUACAGAUUGAUGACCUGGAGAAUCGUUUGGACACAAGCAGCUCUGGAACCAUAAUCUACAGCCCACGACAGUACUCUAAAGAUGGCUAUGCGUACCGUGUAGCUGUUAUACUUUACGAAACAUAUGUUGGAAUGUAUGUGCAGCUCUUGUCUGGUGAAUUUGACGACCAACUGCAGUGGCCUUGCCUUCAAAGACAAAUGAUUUUCCAAUUGCUGGAUCAAACCCCUAACAAGCAACUGCAAAUGUCAAAGCAACGCACUUUAAUUUCCGCAAGUGGUUCCUCUGUCUGGGACAAUCCCAGAGAGAGUGGAAGUGGAGAUUUUUAUGAAAAUGAUGAGUUAGUCUAUGGUGGAAGUCUAUAUGGGUACUCAUCUUUUACAACCUUAGAAGAACUGCAAACCAGAGAGUUCCUCAAGGGAGGAAGUGCCAUUUUCAUGUUUGACUUUGAAGAUCUCACCCCACUAAUCAGUGGACCUAGUCUUCCUUGUCCUAAGUUAAGAUCAGUGACCAUAACAAAUCCUCCCCCAGAUCUGGAUGGCAUUGUCUGCUUCUGUCCUGGUAUGGUGGCCUCUCCAAUCCUCACAGUCCUGUUGGCAUCGAUCCUUCUGUCGUAAUGAUGUAUACCUCUAAUAUAAAUUUUAUGUCUGCGAAUAGGCAGCAAAAUAGUUUGA